AUGUUUUCAGCUAAUGUUGCAAAUAUUAAUGCCAACCUAAGUUCAGUCCCAAUCCUUAAUGGCUUUAACUUUAAGGAUUGGAAGGAGAACAUUCAGAUAGUUCUUGGUUGCAUGUACAUAGACCUUGCGAUACAGACAAAGGAACCCACUACUCCUACGGUUAUUAGCUGUCCUGAAGAGAAGGCUAAAUUUGAGAAAUGGGAACGCUCUAACCGCACGAGUCUUAUGAUCAUAAAGCGUGCAAUUCCAAACGUGUUCAAUGGUGCUGUGUCUGAAGACACCACCAAUGCUAAAGAUUACCUUGCAGAAAUUAAAAAGCGCUUUGGUAAAAUCGAUAAGACUGGAACAAGCACUAUUCUUAAGAGCUUGAUUUCAAUGAAGUAUAAGGGCAAUGGUAAUAUAAGGGAGUACAUCAUAGAGAUGUCUAAUCUUGCAUCAAAACAUAAGGCACUAAAGCUUGAUUUGCAUGAGGGUUUACUUGUGCAUCUCAUUCUUAUUUCUCUUCCAGUUCAAUUCAACCACUUUAAAGUCAGUUUUAACUGUCAGAAAGAAACGUAG